CAGCUGUUCCAAUCCCCUCCAUAUCAUGUGAUUCAGGUGUUCCAAUCCCCUCCCUAUCAUGUGAUUCAUGUGUUCCAAUCCCCUCCAUAUCAUGUGAUUCAGGUGUUCCAAUCCCCUCCAAAUCAUGAGAUUCAGGUGUUCCAAUCCCCUCAAUAUCAUGUGAUUCAGGUGUUCCAAUCCCCUCCAUAUCAUGUGAUUCAGGUGUUCCAAUCCCCUCCAUAUCAUGUGAUUCAGGUUUUCCAAUCCCCUCCAUAUCAUGUGAUUCAGGUGUUCCAAUCCCCUCCCUAUCAUGUGAUUCAGGUGUUCCAAUCCCCUCCAUAUCAUGUGAUUCAGGUGUUCCAAUCCCCUCCAUAUCAUGUGAUUCAGGUGUUCCAAUCCCCUCCAUAUCAUGUGAUUCAGGUGUUCCAAUCCCCUCCCUUUCAUGUGAUUCAGGUGUUCCAAUCCCCUCCAUAUCAUGUGAUUCAGGUGUUCCAAUCCCCUCCAUAUCAU